AUGUCACUCCAGUAUGCUUCACCUGCCGGUCUUAGUGACAGAUCCGCAGGCAAGCAGAUUUCCCCAGUGUUUCCAAAGACCAGAAACAGCUUGUGGGACAAGACAAGCAGGGGUCAGCCAAUCUUCCUUCAUGUGGGCCAUUACAGGAAGCCGAGGAUCUGUGUCCCUGAGAAGAUCCUCAAGCUUGUCCAGCACCAGUGUGAGAACUAUGGUCAGUGCAGUUAUGUGUUGCUUGGAUCAUUGGUUAUUGAUGCUGACGGAGAAGGCGUACAGGUUCAGGUGGACAGACUGGACACCAGAACCAACAUCCCGCUGACCAGUGUAGACCUAACUGUUGGAAGUGUAGCUGUCAGUUUUCAGGUGACAAACAAUGCAGCCUGUGAGAGGGCGGCGUCUGCUGAUGACUAUGUCCAUGCCUUGAAGCUUUUGCAAAGUCGAUGCUGCGGCAAAGACAGCAUAGACCUGUCUGAGUUCAUAUACCUGUGCGGCUAUGGCUCCUUCUACAGCAAUGCUCACACCACGGUGGCACACCUGGACUUUGACCUACUGACCUUGGCCACUGUGUUUAAGUGCACGCCAAUAACACCUGUCCCUGUGGCUGUUACAGCAUUGUCUAAAAAUCUGGCCACUCCCAGGAAUCUCAGCUCUCUGCAAGGAACUCCAAAAACUGGGUACCUCACGAUGGACAGCACCAGAAAAGUCAUGCUGGUUUUAGAGUCUGACCCAAAGUGUGUCAGCUUGCCUAUUGUUGGAAUAUGGGUCUCAGGUGUGGAGUUUCUACAUCACCCAUUUGUGUGGGCAGCUUGUUUGAGAUACAUCCACUGUACUCACCUACAGGACAGGGUGUGUGCUCCUCCUGAAGAGUUCCUGUUGGCCUUGUACAGGCCCCUCCAGACCAGGCCAGAGUUUUAUCAGUGUGCUUCCAGCUUCGGAGAUUCCUGCCUGCAGUUUGGGCUCAGCACAGGCCAUAAAACCAUCAACAUGGACAAGGUGCUGGCAAGUCCUAGCAGUGGUGACUUUGUAGAAGUGGAGAUGGGUCUGGUUGAGGAUGAACAGAAGAGAGAAAUCUUUGACGCUGCCAAACAACAGCAUAGCAACAGUGUGUUUGUAAAGGAUCCAGGCUUUGCUGGGCAGGAAGACUUGGAACCACGCUCUGCACCAGUGCCUCAUGCCGAGAAAGUGCCAGUUUUCCGUCCUCAAGUGCCAGACGUAUCAGUGUUGUGGACGGACCAGUAUGAGCAUUUCACCAGUCCUGCACCAGUACCGGCGAUGCCAAGUAACAAACUUGCCUCAUGGCAGAAUCCAGCAGCAAGGUCUCAGGUUGAACCUCUUUCAGAACAGCAUUAUCCUGAACACAGUUUCUCUCGUCCACAUUUGACCACGACUUUAGAUAGUCAGCGAUUGACCGGGCACUACCAGCAGCCACAAGUGCUGCAGACUAGGUCACCACUGUCGUUUCAGUACACACCAUCAAGACAACAUUUGGGAGCCGCAGCACCCAACACCCAGCAGUUGUUGCCUUCAUCUCCACACAGCUCACAUAAUUUUUAUGUCAAUGAUAAAGGGAUUUCACCAACUCCGACUGCUGUCACUCAUGGAUACCUAUCCAACCCCCAAAACAUGUCUCCUCAUCUUGUCACAACACCUGGGUUGCUACGGCACUGCACUCCACCAGCACCUCAAACCUCACAACCCACACCAUCCUCUCACAUGAUCUCUUCUAGCAGAACAAAUUGUCUUGCCUCUGUAGCAGGGCCUAGUUCUCAAAACAGAAACCAGUGUUUGCCUACACCAACAUCAGCUCACGUUAAUAGCCAGGCUCUUCCGUUUCCACAAUUUGGUAGUAAUGAUCAUACUAUUCAUGAUCAGAAUGCCUGUAGUUCCAAUUCCCCCAACCUAAAUACCAAGAAGCACCAGAAUGUUGAUCAUUUCCAGUUUAUGAACACUUCAGUUGCCAACGAAGGGCAGCAACAAGGAGUCCCAUCUCCACAAGUUCAUACUCAAGCACACAAUGGUAACUGGAACCCUCCUGUGGUGUUUACCCCUCAGCCUCAUCCGCUGUCUUCCACUAAGGGCUUGCAGAAUUAUAAGGAAAGUUUAAAGACUAUAAGUGAAGAGGGUUCAUUGUCACAGACAUUGCUGCCGCAUCUGGAACAGCCAAGUACUAGGAUGUUUGAUGUUAAUGACCAUGCUAAAACUGCAGAAUCAAAUGGCAGCUCUUUGAGGUUGCCAAGCAUCAACAGCAGUGUUAGGUCUAGUGCUGAAGACAGUGGGCUUGAUGCCUCGUCUGACAGACUCAACAUAUCUCUACCUCAGCACCGAGCUGAUUCCCUGACACCUACAAAUUCAUACCCAGCCACGACUAAGACCUCAGCUUGUACCUGUGCUUCAGCUUCUUGCACCCAACAGAAUCCUGUAGAGAGCAUCAAGUGGGAGCAGGUUCCUCCUGCAGUCGUCACACUGCUGGUUCAACAGAGUGAGCUUCUCAAGCAGCUCCAACAGCAGGUUCAGAUGCUCAAGUCAGAGAUUGCUGAGACAAACAAGGCCUCUCCCCCAGACCAGGGCAGCCCAGCAUCCAGAAAUCAGCAGAAAGUUUCUGUGGCUGUCAACACCAGUUUUGUGAACCAUCAGACUGCUGCAACACAAGAUCACUGUGAUAGUAAAGCUACGCAGGUUACUCCAGUACGGCAUAGUUCGCGACAGCAAGAGUUCACCUCACCGGCUGCUUCCUAUGUUCAAAAUUCAGUGAGGGUGCCAGCAGAAGCCAGUCAAACGCCUGCUGGUCAUCACAUUACUGCAGCUGCAUCAUCUGUUGGUUAUCAGUCUCCCCAAGGGUCAUCUAGUUGUGUCCAGAAGGAUGUCAGCCAGAGAGAGUUUGACAGAAAUGUCUCCAGCAUGCAGUCGUUUGAGCGCACAGAGAACACAGACUUGGAGUCUGAAUGUGCCUCAUUUAUUGACAGAAGCCAGUCAGACAGAAGCCCCUCGAGUGCCAGUGAAUAUAACAGACAGGCACAGGAGUCCUGUUCCACAGUUGGUGUAGAUGCUGCAGACCCUAACCAGUUCUUCUGUCAUAUUAUGGCUGGCUCCGUGACGAUGCAUUCAAUGUUUGGGACAGAUCCCAACCAGACCACGGAGAUGAAUGCUCUAGCUAUGAAAUACCUCAGCGAUGAGCAGCUGACAGCGGUUGCAAAACUCCGGCAGACGGCCCCGAGCAGGUCUCACAGUGCUGCAUACUCUGCCAAAAUUCUAGAACAGGUCAUGAAUGGGUGUACAUCUUCGAUGGCUGGAAACAUUUCAGCGGCAGAUAUGUCCCAUUUUGGGAUGUCUUCUUGUGAUAUGACCAUGGAUACAUUGAUGUACUUGCAGAAAUAUGGACUUUUAGGAAAUGAUAGAUCCAUCUUGGGGGUUUCCAUGCUGGGUGCUGAUGUGAAACUGCGAACUGACUUCAGCAUCAUGACAAUUGGAAGUUCUGCUGGGGGAACUAACUUGAGUCCAACAACCACUGGUGAUGAGGAGCAAUUCCUGCAGUUACAUGAAGAUCCAGAGGUGAGCAGUGACCAUGUGCCAUCUCCUGCCAGAGUUGAAGCUCCCGCUCAUGCAAAUAAUGAAAACUUGCUUCUCCUUAACGCCAAACCUGCCAGCAACCAAAGAGGCAUGGGAGCAUCUCUGAUGCUGCCUGCCUCCAGGAACUCUUCUAAGGAUGCACAGCAAAGAUAUGCUAAUGGAGAUCAGUUCAAAGUUCAAGGUAACAGUCGCAGGCGAAAUGUUCUACAGGAGGUUUCACCACAAGCUUUUGUCAACGUGAAAACUGGAGAUCAUUUUUCACCUCUUGUAAAAGCAUGGUCCGAGGAGGAAGAGGGGGAGAAACAUUCACUUGACCUUGAAACGUUGAAACAGUUGCCAAAAUUGUUAUAG